GCCGCCCCGCCUUCCCGCCACCCCUCACCCACACCACCCAGCCCCGCGGUUUCAGGCCCCUGGCCCCAAGCUCCCGAGGCAAAUAGUGACCCUUGCUUUUGGCUUUGACCCUUCCACAUCACCGCAGUCGUCGCCGUAUCACCAGCCGCCGCCAAUAUGAACAUCCGCAAUGCUCGGCCGGACGAUCUGAUGAACAUGCAGCACUGCAAUCUCCUUUGCCUUCCUGAGAACUACCAGAUGAAAUACUAUUUCUACCAUGGCCUUUCCUGGCCCCAGCUCUCUUAUAUCGCCGAGGACGAGGACGGGAAGAUUGUGGGCUACGUCCUGGCCAAAAUGGAGGAGGACCCAGAAGAUGUCCCCCAUGGACAUAUCACCUCAUUGGCCGUCAAGCGUUCACACCGGCGCCUCGGCCUGGCCCAGAAGUUGAUGGACCAGGCCUCCCGGGCCAUGAUAGAGAAUUUCAGUGCCAAAUAUGUGUCCCUGCAUGUCAGGAAGAGUAACCGGGCAGCCUUGCAUCUCUAUUCUAACACCCUCAACUUUCAGGUUAGUGAGGUGGAACCCAAAUACUAUGCAGAUGGGGAAGACGCUUAUGCUAUGAAGCGGGAUCUCUCGCAGAUGGCAGAGGAGCUGAGACGGCAGCUAGAGCUGAAGAAGGGUGGGUAUGUGGUGCUGGGCUCCAGGGAGAACCUGGAGACCCAGGGCAGCACACUUCCCAGCCCCAAAGAGACCUGUCAGAAGAAGAAUCCAGCUGCUGAUGGCAGUGGCAGUGACAACAAGGAACCUGGUGAGACCACGAAGAGCAAUGAUGUCCAGGACAGCUCAGGAGACUCAGAUUCUACCUCCUAGAACCUGUUUCAGAAUUGCAGGUCCUGAUGUCUCAAUCAUAUCUCCUCUCUGAGCCCUGGUUUAGCCUGUCUUCUCUGCAGCAUCUCUUCUGGGGUUAUCGAAGAUGAUCCUAUGGCUUCUCACUCUCAGCUCUCAACCACAACCUUCACAUCUCCUACAGGGAUCAUAAAGGAAUGCCUGGACACAAAAUCCUGCUGCACAAGCACCAAGAAGUUUGCAUCCUGCCAUCACAGAACUUUCCGUGUCCUUCUUACACCAUGCUGACAUUUUAUUCUGUUGGUCAUGAUCCCAUGUUGGGUGUGGUUAUCUAGCAAGGUUGUAUCUUCUUAGAAUUUUGAACAGGAAGCAGGACAAAUUCCCCCAACUCAUUUGCUCUCAGUUUUUGCCAGUUACUUAUCUGGGUUUUCAUCCUUGAGGGGGUGGUUAGGACCAUCAAGUCAGAUCAAGUCAUGCUCCGUUCUUUUCUUCCUCAUUUCUGGUAUAAGUAUUUUAUUUCCUCCUCCUUUCUCUGGGAACUCACCUCCCCUUUCUUGAGGAGGUGUUUUCCUUCCCAGUGGGCAAAAGUGAUGAGUAGGGGCUUCUACUAUGCAAUCAAAAUUUGAAAAUUUUUAAAAAAAGGACAACCAGUGAUUAAAUUGGAAUAUCUAUAUACUUGCUUGUGUCAAUUUGUUUUGGGUAAUGAUAUAACUUGCCAUAUAUUAAAUACCUAUAAUAUUCGUGCAUGAUAGUAGAGCCUUAAUAAAUAAUAUAUGUAAUUCUUUCGGAAAUCCUAGGAAGUAGAUAUGUUCACCUGUUCUAUAGUCGGGGAACCUAAAGCUCAAAGAAGUGAAACAAAUAACUAGAAUCUAAAACCAAAUCUAUUUAAAUUCAAGGCCAGAGUUUAUUUCAAAUUCCUGUUGCUACUCUGUACUUUUAAAAUGUGAAAACUUUAGCAGAAAAAGACAGUCUGCUGUUCAUAAAUGUUAAGUGUUGACUUACUACAUGGCAACUGUAUGUCACUUGUAAAUAUUUAUAUGACCCCCCAUUAUAAUCCCCUUUUACUAUUUUUCUCCAGUAAAAAAUAUGUGAAGACACAAUAUGUUGACCAUGCCAAUGAAAAUCACCAGAUAAAUCCAGAGUUAUCAUUACCUAAUGCUUUUCUAGCCACUGAAUGUAAAAUACUAUAGUGUAACAGUUUUCAUGUUUAAUUUUAAUGAGAACUAAUGUAUAUAGAUUUAAGUCAAAGGCCUGAUAUUAACCAUCAGAUGACAAUUGAGGAAUCCGUUCUGUAAUCAUAAUCAGCCUUCCUAAGCACUUCUUACAGAUCUACCCCAAUGCACUCUUAAGAAUUCCUGCCUAAUAGUAAAUGAUGCCUGAGGCAGAUAUAAAUGUUUUUUCCUACACAACAAGGACUUGCCAUUUCCUAUGCCAAUGCACACCUCUCUUCCAUCUUCCCAUCUUUCCUUUUUCUCUUUAAUUUUCUUUCCCAAUUCUAAAACGUUUUGAUUCUUUCCCUCAAGCAUGUGUUUAUCUCUUUAUUUUUAAAUAUUACAGCUUUCUAACAUCUGUCUCUAGGGCAGCAUAAUCUUACUGAUGAAAUAUUCCAUGUUUUCCUUGAGCCCUUGUCAAUAUGUCUUCCUGUUAACAGCUUAGCAGAUGGGGAAACAGAAGGAGUAGCCUCAGCUUACCUGAAUGAUUUCUCUCUAGCACCAGACAUAUAACUGUCUCUAGUAACUUGAUGAUAGAAGUUGGAGUAAUUAGAAAAUAAGAAAUGAUAUCUGACUUUUGCAGUGUUAGUUACUAAAACCAUUGGCUGUUUUACUUUGUUGCCACCUUUAUAUCUUUUUCUCAGUCUCAUACUAGAAGACGGAAUUAUAGCAACCUACCUAGUUUCGACUGUUCCUAUUUAGAUAAUGAAAGUAAAAUAAAACAAUAUUAAUAUUGCUUUGGACAUAAAUUAGCAUGUUCCCAAGUGGCUCCAGGGUAAUAACAGUGAUAUAGCAGCAGCAGUUGCUUUUUCUAACACUGGAAUUGUGGGAGCCUAUGACACACUACUUUUUGUAAUAGCAUUGUUCUCUUUAGAUAGGACAAAUUACCGUUUGUUUGUUUCUGAAUGGAUUGACUGCUUUUUACAUAAACAAAUUCCUAAAGAGGCCAAAGCAAGCUGUAUACAAGGUUGUAGGAUAAUGUAUUCCUCAUAAUAGCUGUAGAGAAUGACCACACUGCCUCCUUUACCUGCAGUCUUAAAGAAGUUACAGAGUGGACUCAGGUUUGUCAGCAAAUUGUUCAGAAAUAUCAAUCAUCAAGAUGCAAAGUUUUCUUUGACUGAAAGAAAGAAACUUGUGAAUGAAGCCUGUAGGUAAACUAGCUAGAAUCUAUGUGUGCUCAGAAUAGAAUAAGGGGUAAGAGAUAAUCAUCUAAAGUAAAAAUAAUGGGGUGUGUGGAUGUGUAGGGGCAAGUGGGAGACAGGGCUGGGAAUUAGUGCACACCUGGGGAAAUAUGAAAAGGAUCAAGACUCUGAAAUAGCCAAAAAGACAUUUUCAUGUGCAGAUGAGUCAUCUGGGCAUCAUGUUAAAAAUGCAGAUUUUGUUUCAGUCUGGGCUGGAACCCAAGUGUCUGCAUUUCUAACUAAAUCCUAAACAAUGCUGAUGUUGCUGGUCAAGGAAGCAAGCUGGCCAGUAGGGGCCUUGAAGCUCAUAUCCAACCCUGAAAUUGCAGCCCAAAACUCCUAUGACUCACCUUCAGUUCACUUUGGAUUAGACCCUAAAUAAUUUAGAAUCCCAUUCUUAAAUAUACAAGUUCACACCAAUCUUGUUUGAUUUUUGAAUUUGGUCACAUAAGGCAAUGGCCUAAUAAGUUCAAUAAGAAAUCUAGAUAAAUUUCAUCAAAACAUGAACAACAAAGUAUAUAUAUAAUAUGUGAAAUAUAUUGAUAACAUUAUAUUCUUCAUUAUAUUAGAAUGCUUUGAUAUGUUAAUAUUUCCUUGUCUGUCAAAUGGCCAGUAUGAGAUUUUUUUUAAUUUCACUUUUAACUAUCACUGAAUUUGUUGUCUUCAUUGGCCUAUAAGUUAUCCUAGACACGACAAAACUUUUCCAUGAUGAUAUUGGAGCACAGUCUUUUUUGUUUUUAAUUGGAACCUCAGAAUUUUAAGCAGAUGAAGAGAGAUUUUUGAUCUAGGAAUAAGGGUUUCUAGUCCACCAGGAGUUCUCAAAGUUGAUGCACAGACAUAUUGCAUCAAACUUACCCAGAUGCUAUGUUAAUAAUGCAGUUUCUUUGUCACAAACAGAUUUACAAAUCAGAAUCCUCUUUUUAACCUCCAGGUGAUUGUUUUGCAAACCACAAUCUGAAAAUCAUUGUUAAGUUCAAGGUUUUGAAUUCCUCAUAAAGGUAGAUCGAAGAGCACUUUUCCAUGGUGAUACUUUUCAGAUUUAAUUUACCAAAAGAAGCAAAGAACUCGGAACAGAAUUUUUUUUUUUCAUUAUAAAAUAUAUUCCAGAGGGGUUGAAGUCAUAUGUUGGGAAUUCUGUACUUUAUGUUCAUUAUUCUGUAAACCUGAAACUGCUCUUAAAAAUAGUUCUAUUAAAGAAAUUUAAAAAAUGUAUGUCUAUACAACCAUAGAAUUCACA